UGUUGACUAGUGAUGUCUGGAUGAGGACAGAGCCGCACGCUGCUGCAAAAAUGGACGCCUUCGAGUUGUUUCGAAAACUCGGAGCUGGAGCUAAAUUUGACCUGAAGAGGUUUGGUCAGGACGCUAUAAGGUUUAAGGGUGCCAAAUCUCACGGAGGGGAAGCGUCCGUAGAUACUCUCUCUGCUAUCGAUUACUUUGGCACAGCACAAACCAAUGGAUCCAAGAGCAGAGCUGUAAAGGUGACUGAGGAUGAAAAGGAUGAUGGAGAAGAGUGUGAGGUGGGAAGUGAAAGUGGAGAUUCUGAAGCAGGAGGUAAAAGAAAAAAAAGGGAUCAAGCGAAAGACGUGAGGACCAAAAAGAAAAAGAUGAAAAAAGACCAGGUGGCAGCCAAAGACACAGAGGGGAGCGGCAUCACUUGGACCUCCUCAUUGGACAGAAAAGUCCAAAACCUGUCGACUGAUGGGAAGGAGAAAUCCUCGCUGAAGAGGCUGAAGCAUCUUCAUCAGGAAAAGGUGAAUCUCAUUCGCUCUCAACAUCGUAUAAAUGUGCACGGCUGUGACGUACCGGACCCUGUGUGCACGUUUGAGGAGCUGCAGUCAGAAUAUCGUCUCAGCCCGCGGGUGAUUCAGAACCUCAAGGAAGCCGGGCUGAGCUCCCCGACGCCCAUACAGAUGCAGGCAAUACCGCUCAUGAUGCAUAGUCGAGAGCUCCUGGCUUGCGCUCCCACAGGAUCAGGAAAGACUUUGGCCUUCUGUCUCCCGCUGCUCGCCCACCUGCAGCAGCCCACCAACCUGGGCUUCAGAGCUGUGGUCAUCUCCCCCACCAGAGAACUGGCCAACCAGACCUACAGAGAGCUGCUCCGCCUGUCAGAGGGAGUAGGAUUCAGAGUUCACAUAAUAGACAAAGCCUCUCUGGCAGCCAAGAAAUAUGGACCACAGUCAAACAAAAAAUACGAUAUACUUGUCAGUACUCCAAACAGACUGGUCUUCCUUCUCAAUCAGGAUCCUCCGGCCCUCGACCUCAGCAGUGUGGAGUGGCUGAUCGUGGAUGAGUCCGAUAAGCUGUUUGAGGGCGGUAAGACGGGCUUCAGGGAGCAGCUGGCCGCAGUAUUUCUGGCCUGUUCUGGUUCCAAGGUGCGCCGGGCUUUCUUCAGUGCCACCUGCACGCCGGAUGUAGAGCAGUGGUGCCGUCUGAACCUCGACAACCUGGUGUCUGUCAACAUUGGACACAGAAAUACGGCGGUGGAGUCGGUGGAACAGAAGCUGCUGUUUGUUGGGACAGAGAACGGAAAACUGGUGGCCAUGAGGAACAUCAUCACCAAGGGUUUCCUGCCCCCCAUGCUGGUGUUCGUGCAGUCUAUCGAUCGAGCACGGGAGCUUUUCCAUGAGUUGGUGUAUGAAGGUAUCAACGUGGACGUGAUCCACGCAGACCGCACACAGCAGCAGAGGGACAACGUCGUGAGCAGUUUCCGGUCCGGUAAGAUUUGGGUGUUGAUCUGCACGGCUCUGCUCGCCAGAGGAAUCGAUUUCAAAGGAGUCAACCUCGUGCUGAACUACGACUUCCCCACCAGCUCUGUGGAGUACAUCCACAGGAUUGGUCGAACUGGUCGAGCUGGACAUCUGGGGAAGGCCAUCACCUUCUUCACAGAAAAUGACAAACCACUGCUGCGCAGCAUUGCUAAUGUGAUUAAACAAGCUGGCUGUCCUGUACCUGACUACAUGAUUGGUUUCAAGAAGAUUCACAGCAAAGUGAAGCGGAGACUUGAGCAGAGACCUCCCAAGAGAAGCACCAUUUGCACAACUCCUCGAUACUUAAUUAAGAAGAAAGGCCAAGCGCCAAAUAACGGACAGAAAGGAGAGAAGCAGGCGGCAGUUGGAGAGCAGGAGAGCGAAAAUGUGCCUCAAACCGCAGCGAAAAAGCCAAAAGGAGAAAAGAAGGCCAAAGGAGAAAAGAAGGCCAAAGGAGAAAAGAAGGCCAAAGGAAAGGAGCUGAUGAAAAGAAUGAAGACACAGAAAAAAGGGGGAAGUGAGAAGCACAAGGAGGCGUCUCAGAAGGAGGGAUCCAACUCAUCUGGAGCCAGGUUAAAAAAGAAAAAGGGGAAGAAGAAUAAGCCUCAGGAGGAUUAGAGGAUCGUGGAACUAGCAGACUGAAAUGAAGAUGGAUGUGGAUUAUUUUUCUAAUAAUACUUCUUGCCGUCUGAUGUACUGCUGCAUUUCAUACUUAUGCUUUGUAUUAUGAGAGUAUCAAAUAAAAGUUUAUAUAAAUAUGAA